AAGUGAACCUUGCAAACUUCUGAGGAUGCCUGCCACAAAUGCAAGCAAAACAUCAGGAGGGAGUGCUACUGGAACAUGGCCAUACACUCCAAAAAACUCACAGUAACCCAUUGGUAGAAUGUGUUGUUCUCGGCCCAUGUGAACUUUGCACACAGCCCAAAAAACUCACAGCAACCCAUUGGUAGAAUGUGUUGCUCUUGGCACAUGUGAACCUGGCAAACUUCUGAGGAUGCAUGCCACAGAUGCAAGUGAAACGUCAGGAGGGAGUGCUACGGGAACAUGGCCACACAGCCUUGUCAGGAGAGAGUGCUACAGGAACAUGGCCACACAGUCCGAAAAACUCAUAGUAACCCAUUGGUAGAAUGUGUUGCUCUUGGCCCAUGUGAACUUUGCACACUUCUGAGGAUGCCUGCCACAGAUGCAAGUGAAAUGUCAGGAGGGAGUGCUACGGGAACAUGGCCACACAGUCCGAAAAACUCAUAGUAACCCAUUGGUAGAAUGUGUUGCUCUUGGCCCAUGUGAACUUUGCACACUUCUGAGGAUGCCUGCCACAGAUGCAAGUGAAAUGUCAGGAGGGAGUGCUACGGGAACAUGGCCACACAGUCCGAAAAACUCAUAGUAACCCAUUGGUAGAAUGUGUUGCUCUUGGCCCAUGUGAACUUUGCACACUUCUGAGGAUGCCUGCCACAGAUGCAAGUGAAAUGUCAGGAGGGAGUGCUACGGGAACAUGGCCACACAGUCCAAAAAACUAAUGCUAACUCAUUGUUAGAAUAUGUUGCUCUUGGCCAAUGUGAACUUUGCACACAGCCCAAAAAACUCACAACAAGCCAUUGGUAGAAUGUGUUGCUCUUGACACAUGUGAACCUGGCAAACUUCUAAGGAUGCCUGCUACAGAUGCAAGCGAAACGUCAGGAGGGAGUGCUAUUGGUACAUGGCCACACAGUCCGGAAAGCUCAUAGUAACCCAUGGGUAGAAUGUGUUGCUCUUGGCCGAUGUGCAAACCAACUUUCUUGCUUCUCUCCUGAAGACUUUUUGUGCUUCUCGCUCUCUGUCUUGAGGAGCGAGGAAACGGUUAAGCGCUCCAGCCUUUUGAUUAGCAGAGAGCCUUAAAGUCAGAGGAAAGGGAGGAAAGAAAGGGGGGAAGAAAAGUGGAAGGAAGACAGUCUGAGGGAACUCUCAGAAGCAUGCUCAUGAGGUGAAGUCAUCCGCCGAGGAGGAAGAAGACACCGGGAGAGACUUCUUUCCUUCCUUCCUUGCAAAAAAAUAAAAUAGUCUGCGGAGAAGUGGCCGGACGUGUCCGAGGAUGGGCACAGGUGGGCCGCCGUCCGGAAACGGCACUCGCCUGCACGGAGCAUCUCCAAAAGCCUCAAGCCAGUGAUCCAGGCCCAGGACACUUUCCCCAUCUCCGAAAAGUCUCCGAAAAGUCUUGAAAGGAAGGAAUAAGAAAGCCAAAAGAAUGGAAAGGGAAGGAAGGGGAAAUUGGUAAGGAAGAACAGUCGCUCGCCGGGUGGAUUAUGGAAACCAUUGCGGGAAGGAAUCUCCAGUUUGAAGUUUGGCAUCUACAGUUUUGACCUGUUUUUGGGAAGUCCGAAAGCGGCACAUCUUUUCGUUUCCGCACAGUGAAAAAUGAGAGGAAAUAGCAGCACUUGCCAAGGUUAACGACUUACAGGUAGAAGAGAUUUUCAUCGGGAUGCAAAGACUUCUGUCGGGAAUUCGCUCUUUCUGCUCCAUCAAGGAAAUAGACCAGGAAGAUUGCUGAAGCCUCUGGCUGGGAUUGUAUAUGCCAAAAGGAGAAAAAGGAGCCCUUGUAUCCUCUGGGUAGGAACUCAAUCCGGAUCCACGUCGUCGCAUCUAUCAUGAGCCAAGAAGUCCAUCUUUCGGGGAGGGUUAAGCUGGGACCCGGCCGGAGCUGAGUGACGACGGACCGUCUCCAAGGGUCUGACGCGGGAUUCUGAGAUGGGCCUUUGCUGUGCUUCAGAUGUCCGGACUUGUCCAUAGCCGGGAUGGACGCAGGGGCUGCCCAAGCGGUUGAAGUCCCUCCUUGCCGCCUGAGGACAAGGCGCGACAAUGUGAGGCGCGGAGACCUUUGGUGCUGACGGUCCGAGGGGAGCGGGUCCUCUGCAGGCCUGUCCCCUCGCGCCAUGAUGGGAGAGACUCAGCAUGCCUUUGCCACGGAAGAUGCCGGGCCCGGCGCCCAGGACAAAGGGGUCUCCUUUGAGCCGUUCGGCAAGAAAGAGUUGCCCGAGUUUGACACCAACGGGUCCGGAUCCGCCAAGGAGAAAGAGCCGCACACUCAAAGGGAAGCAGUGAUCCGGCCCCAGCAAACGGGCAAAAUAGACUUCAAGUCUCUCCAGAACCGGCCCCGUUUCCCCAGCGAGGGUCCGUGGGGCGCGGUGAAAGGAAGCCCCCAGUCGCCCACCGGGAAGAGCCGAGGGAAGGAGAAGAACAGGCGGUCCGGCAAAGGCGAGCGCGGCCACCAGCAGCUUUACCGGCUGACCAUCAGCAGCGCCAGGCCCAACCCCACCAUCGGCAUUGCCUACCCGCAGCAGAAGGUCACUCCACCCAAGAAGGUCGAGGCGGUGGGCCGCGGAGGACACCUUUUGGGGAGCUACCGCUUCCACGUCCCCGGCCUCCCCGAAAGAGACGGGGAGCGCCAACAAGAAGAGCUCGGUUUUGCCCGGGGCUUCGCCGACGGCCCUUCAAGCCAUAUCUCCAGCAACUAUACCUCACCCGCCAAGGUCCAGGCUCCGGUUGGUGCUCCUCAUGACAACCAACGGCAUUAUUUGGAGUUCCAGGGCAAUGGGAACGGCACGUGGUCGUCGGCAGAGAAAGGCCUCUCCGGUGCUAGCAGCGGGGUCUUCCCUGAGGGCGGGAAAGCGGGCGCCCACGGCCUGGGACCCUUGUCCUUCCAAUACCCUUUCCAGACUUUGCACAGCUCGGCCGCCGACCCUUUCCCAGGGUCUCAGGACUAUGUCGACGUUUCCGUGGUUUCGCAUGGUGCUUAUGCCUUCCAUCCUUCCUCCCGGGACUGGAAAGAGGAGGCUCUGGGCAACGGGGACGGAGGGGCCUAUGGCGUCUCCGCGGCCCCGCUGCCUCAGUUUCUCCCUCCGCAGACUCACGGGCCUUUGCCCGGCUACAAAGGGAGGCACGGACAUUCCACUGACCACAACGGUGCUAUCUCUCCCCCUGGUGCUAUCGACCCCAACCCAAGCACUUUCCCAGAAAGCCCAGCCGUCUUCCCGCCCAGUUUACACGUCUCGAGUUUGCCAAAGCCCCUUGGGACGCGGCAGCCCUUGUCGAAAGACAGCGUAGCUAGUCCAAGGAUACUGGAUCCAGGGAGCGCUCUGAGAAGGAACACGCCACACGUCUCUCCGACCCAAGUGCACUUUCAGAACAAGGCCUACGCCGACCCAAACGCCAACGCCGUCGGAUCACUGCCUUUUGAUAAGAGCCUCCCUUCAGCUCUCCAGGCCCACCCCAGGCUCCUGCAGCCGUGGGAAGGGGUCAAAAAGACUUAUUCCUCCGUGGAGCCGAGUUCGGCUGUAUACCUGAGCUCUGCAGGUAGCACUCUCGGCUUCGGUUGCCACGAGCCAAGGCUCAAGAAAACCUGGCAGCAUCUCCACCUCACCUCUGCGACGCCCAGUCAGAACCGAAUCGAGCUGGCAAGGAAGCUGCCUUUCCCGACUUUGGAGUGGGAUGCGAAGGGGCAGAAGAGCCCCAUGGAUUAUGCCACCAAAGCUUUGCAGAGCGGGGAAGGGGCUGUCAUACAAAGGCAUGACCUGCUUCCACAGCCGUGCAACUCCGCCAACACGUUCUGCUUCGACGGGGCCAAGGACAACGAGUCUCCAGCCACGUAUGUCUCCCGGAAUCCCAAGUCUGUUUUCUUCGGCGUCGGCCAAGGGGUGCCAUCAUCGGCAUCCUCUCGGUUGUCUUCCAUCCCGGGCUUGGUGUUGCCCCAAGCGUCCCCAAGCGAGUCUCCACUCCCGUCGCCUGCACCCAACGCCACCAGCGGUAGCAGCACGUGCUCCUCGCUCUCACCGGCGUCCAGCAGCCCAAACAGCUUCGAGGAGGGCUUCACGCUGAACCCACCCUCCUUCUUCCACCAUCAGGAGGGCAACAAACCCUUCCAAGCCUUGGAGACGCCCAGCUGUGGCGCCUUCCCGUUCUCCGGCACAGAGGCCUCCAAGGAUGAGCUUCUUUACAAAAGUAUCUCUUCGGAGGGACAUUUCCCCAAGCCCAAUCUUGGAUGCGUGGAGGCCUUUGAGGCCGAGCCGCCUCCGCCGCCGUAUUCCUCCUCGCAUCACCUCCUGGCCAGCUCUUUGAGCAGCGCCAGCCUCGACCAGCUGGACGUCUUCCUGACCUGCAAGCAGUGCGACCAAAACUUCAGCAACCUCUCCUCCUUCUUGGAGCACCGGCAGUUCUGCAGCUCGCACGCCGGCCUCCACCAGAAUCAAGCCAAAGACCCUUCCCGGGGGGCGGAACCCAGGAAGCAACACCACGGACCCCCGGAGACCGCCAAGCACACCCAAGGCCUGCUCCUGCCUCUGGAUCCUCAUUCCCAACUGCUCGCCUUGAACAAAGGAGACGAUUUCCUGGUGGAUGGAGAGCAAUGCAUCGUCAAAGGCGAUGCUAAGGAUGACCCUCUCAAAGGCAAUGCUCUCAACGGUAUAGCCGCCAACCCCUUGCCGCUGAGUGCCUCCGACCUGGAGCUCGACGAUGCCAAGCUGGACAGUUUGAUCACCGAGGCAUUGAACGGGCUGGGAUACCAGUCGGAUAAUCCCGAGAUUGACAGCAGCUUCAUCGACGUCUUUGCGGAUGAAGAACUAGCACCUUCCAAGACCAAGGAGGGCUUCUCUUUGGGGCAGAAAGCAAAGCAAGUGGAGGAGAAUGGGAAAAGCUUGAGCUGCUACGAGGAACGUCCUGUUGGAGACCCACCAAAGGGUAGGACUUUAGGGCAUCAAGAACGAAGCGAGGUCUGGCUUCCGGUUCAUGGAAGGGAAAGUCCUGAGUUGGCCUCCGUGAGGUUCAUGGACAACGCGGAAGACGUUGAUGCCCAGUCGAAGAUAAGAAGGAAGAACAGCAGCCAUCCCUUCGUGCCCGUGAAGCCAUCCAAGGCCCGAGGAUCUUCUCCCACUUCCGUCGCAAAGGAGCCCAAGAAGCAGAAGCUACGGAGCAACACCUGGAGCAAAGAGCUCAUCCAUAAGAUCGUGGAGCAGAAGAACAAGCUCCACAAACUGCACACCAAGAGCAGCAAAGUGGCUCCGCUCUCCUGCGCCCUUGACCGCUCACUCCCGGAAGCCAAAGACAGCAAGUUUGUGGAGUACGAAUACAUCUCGGAGUCGGACGAGGAAAGAGUGGAGCACGCCAAGCGGCACUGCAGGAGGAAGCUGGGCUCCAGGAUGAAGGGCCGGCUGAGAAGCGGCUUCGGCCGGAAGCGGCAAGGGAGAGGAGGACGGGAGAAGGAGAAGGAACCUGCGUGGAGAUGCGGACUGAGAAGAGACCGGGGAGAAGAGCCAGGACGGGCAGAGGAUGGCAUGGACAGAGCCAGGAGGAGGAGCAGCCGGACCUCCUCAAGCAGCUGCCAGGCUACCAGUUUGACCAGCUUGACCAGUGAAACCAGCGACAGCACCCAAAGCACAGAGAAGGCAGAUUCAGACACAGAAAACGAACUGCAAAAGAGGGUCCUGCAGAAUUCGAAGCAGAGAGAACCGUCGGAUGUUGCUGAGAAAGAAGCCGUAGGAAGAAGCCGCAGGAUGUCCAUUGACUUGUCCGGAGACUUAGACAGUGUUGACUCUGCUAAGCUUCAGCUGGGAGACGUCAAUGCAUAUCAAAGGGACAUUUCAGACCUGCUCCCGAUUCCUUCCAGCAAAGCUAUCCAUGGCAAGGGCUCAGCGAUGCUUUUUGGUCCCGAAGCUGCAGAGCAAUGCGUCAAGAGCGCCGGCCACGACAGUGACGAGCCGAUGCGGAAAGACGGAGAGCAAUGCCGGCUGCAAGGAGCUCCUCGCUGCCCUCCGUUUAUGGCCUAUAAUGGAGAGGCGUUGAAAUAUCACACAGAAGAAUUCCUUAACCCAUCCUCCGUUGGUACCCAAAGCCUCCCCAAUGACGAAAAUGCCAGCUAUGAGCAUGUUGACACAAAGUGUUUGAAGAAACAGGAGUUCAUUGCUUCCAUCGGUUCUUUCAAUAGCAAUUCCUGUGAUGCCGCGACUAUUGGAAAAGGAGGGCCUAAGAUGCUUGUCGACAUGGCUGAAACAUUAUAUGGCUGCAAAGAACUGCCCGAUAGCUAUGAAUCUUCAGGCCUUUUCCCGCAACCUCCUGCCGCUGAAUCGUCUCAGAACAGCAAUGCAUAUUUCUGCCACGGAGAUAUUGCGUUCAAGCCGAAACACCACGAGAUCCUGCCUUAUGAAGCAGACAACGACGAAGGAAAGAUGUCUUCUCCUCUUAGCUUUGACUCUUCUUCGGUGUUUGUUGCCGAGUUCGACACCACCUUAUACGACGGCAAGGACAGUUACAUCCCCUUUGAAUGUGCCGGCCACCCUCUUGGCAAAAUCGACCAGCACUACCCCUCCUUCCUGCAUGAAAAGGACUGGAGUCUGAUGGAGGACAUCUCCCCCGUUUUGCCUGAAGAAAUCUCCCCGUUCCAUGGCCUCUCCGUCGAAAAGCCCAUCACAAAAAGAUACCUCGGUGAGCUCCACCAAACACCUUUGCCCGAAAGGAUGACGGAUUACAACGUUGUGCCGUUCAUGAGCAGCAUCUCGGACGACGAGCUGGAGAUCAAGAGGUUGGUUACAGAGCUGGAAAGUCAGCUUCAAACAAGUAAACUUCAAAUGGAGGAGGCGUCUGGAGAAGGACCUGACGUUUCCAAAGACCACCCUGGUGCCGAACAGAGCGACGGCCGGUUUUUGCCCCUGACGCUGGACCAGGAGAGCGACGACAAGGGAUUGUUCCUCAUGGAGGAUGAGUUUGGCACUGGGAACCUUGUUGCUGCAAAAAGCUGUGGCUGUGAAACCCCUGAAAGUGGGAAAACAUUACUUUCCUCUUUAGAUAGUAAAUAUGGAAGCCACGAAAACCCAUGGGAUCGCCCAGUGCCGUUCAGUCCUUUGCACUUGGCACCGUCUGCUCCGGAGCUGAUUUUGGUGGAGCCUUUGAGCUCCAAAGAGGAGCGAGAUAAAAUCCAUGAAGAUCUAAAGGAUGGUAGUGACAUCUGUGUGGGAAAUGGCUUUCAGGAUCUAACAGAUACAUCUGGCCAAAUCAUGCCGGAUUCAUCUCUCCACGGCAUCAGCAUGGAGGUCCCAAGCUACACAAGUCACUUGGUGCAAAACCCCGACACGCUGUUCCCGAAAACUCUGGUGACUUUGCCACCAAGGAUGGAGACUUUCCCAGAGGAAACAUUCAACAGUGCUGCCAAGUUGGAAUCAUACCAGGUUCCGAGUUCAAAAUCAGAGUUAGAGGUCACUAAUGGUCAAGAGACUGACAGUGACUUGUCUUCCAGUGUCCAAAGCGUUGAAGAACGAGAUGAAAUUCCCAAAUCCAACUCACCCAAAACACGGGACAUCACAGCCUGCUUCCAAAAGAGUCAGGAUGAUUCUGUGCUUCCAAAAGAAGCCAUGGAGAGUGAAAACCAAAGCAUUUGCCAGUCUCUAACUGUUCCCAGCAAAGUCAAUGAUGAGGAAAGCUCACCUUCUGAAGCAUUGGCUCAUUCCAAGGAGAUGAAUAAGAUGAGAGACGAAUAUGAGCCAGCUCUGCAAGAAAAAGCAGACAAUCCAUUGGAGCAGCUGCAGUUGUUCGUGGCCCGGACGGUCAAAAACAACGAGGAAGACCUCCUCGCGCCCUGUUUCUCCAUCCUCCAUCCAAACACCCACUUACUUCCAAGUACCUACAUCCAAGCUACACAGAAAGAGGAAUUGCAAGACAACGUGCAAAGUGAAGACAUCACCGGAAGCCCAAUGGUAGAGAAAAGGAAGAGGUCGCUGGGAGAGGAAGCAGAGAGUGUCGCCAAGGAAUCAGAUCCACCUGAAUUUGUUUUGGAACAAGGCAAAAUAAUGGAACAUGUAUCCUAUGCAACCAUGAAAGCGGUGACACAAAGCCCUGGGUGUGAUUUUGCAGAGAGAGAGCGGCAGCAGAAGGAGCGGCGCUUCGAAGACGAGCAUCCAGAGGAAGGUGACAUUGAUACCUGCGCAGGUGGUGUUUCCCCAGAACACAAUAACCUCUCGCCGCUUGGCAACCAAAGGGACGAAGGAGCACAAGAGGGUCAGGUUACCGGAGAGAUGGAGGAAGAUUUGGAAAAGGCAGCCUUGGCAUUUAGGAGCCACGAAAUCCCUGGAUCUUUGGAGAAUGAAACAACAGGUUCUGCUUUGGUGGCUGUGCUCACUGUGUGCAACGCUUCUUGGGACAAAGUCUGCAGCGAGGGUCAAGGGAAAGCCUUCCAGGUGGAAAGCGAUGGAGAGGAGACUCCAGAAGGACAGCUGUCAAGUGAAGUUCCUGAGCUUGAGGACACUUGUCUCCAACACGGGACCGGAUUCUGCUCAGUUUCAGCAAAAGACCAUGGUGUGAAGAAGAAGAAUGCCAACCCCCAUGGAAAUACAUGCUUGGAUUGUUUCUCCUCCACUGCUGGCAUUAUCGAUCCAAAGGACUUGCAGAGAAAUAAUAUGGGAAGCAUGGCAUCCAAUGUCUUUGAAAGGCUACCAUCUGAAGAAGUUCACAGCAAGAUUCCUCCAGGCAAUGCCGAGAAAAGUCUUGCUGGGGAUCCUAUGCAGCAAAAUGGAGAGUCAACAUUCACUGCAGAGCAUUAUGGGGCCACUUCACCCCAGGCAUUGCAGCCAUGCCAUACGAAAGACAAGACCUUGGACUCGGUUGGAUCCCAGAAGGGCACCACCAUGCCUUCGGUUUCAUCUCCAAGCUCCAUUGAUGUGGCUUCCCUCAUAGAAACCGAAAGAGCCAUGGAACUACACAUGGAUGAGUACAAGUCAAACAACGUGCUGCCUUUGGAAUAUAAGGAUCUUCCUUGUUCAGAAGAAGUACCAAAGAGCCGAAAAGAUAGCGAGAUGUGCUGUUUGAGGGAGGCUUCAUCCCAACAAGUCAUUGCGUUUGGUCAGUCUCCAUCCAAGGUUGAUUCUGCUCUACCUGUGGACUCAAGGACUAAGGAAAAUAUAUUGAAACCCCAGGAGAAAACCUAUAUACAGGCAGAUCAAACUCAGCCAGAGGUCAACAAGGUUGAUAUCCAAGAGAUGCCAAUAGUCCACCGUCCAGAAGCAACUAACAAAAAUGAGAGUCAUUUCAAUGAUGGCCAGAUUUUAGAGAUAGAAGAGAAUGGAUCACAGAAUGGAGGUCAUGGUCUGGAGAAGGAAGACUGUAAACAAACUGGGGAUGGAGAAGAUCCUUCUGGUUUUGUGGAGCAAGAAAAACACAAGGGAGGAAGGCUAGGAGAUCCUUCUAAGACUGGGACGGAGACAACAAAGAAGAGAAAAGGCUCACCGGCCACCUGCGAUAUUUGUUCCGUCUCUUUUAGGUCCAAGACCGGCUUGAUGAGACACAAAGCUGUGAAGCACCUGAGCACAACGGAGGAUGCCUUGUUGCCAGCAUGUGUUCCUCUGGAAAAAGAAUUAAAAGUGAGCAAGAAAAACAGAAAGCUCCCCAUGAGAGAGAAAGCACGCAACUCGCCCACUGGUCUUCCCUUCCCAAAGUCCUACAAGAAUCAAAGAGGGAAACCCAAGAGAGAGACCCAAGGAGAUGUUGGUCGCAAAGGGCUCGGUGAUCUCAAUGGGGUUUCAUCAGACUCGGCUUGUGAACUCCAAAGUCCCAGUAAAGAAAGAGAAGGUGAACUGGUGCCCAGAAGAGAAGCAAAUGCAGGAGAAGAAGAAAGAGAAGCAAGAACUGACAAGCUGGAGAGUUUAUCUGGGAAGAAAGUAAAGGGAAAGGCAAGAAAAGUCAAAGCAAAAGGAGUUUCAAACCAAAAGAUAUUUACUCCAAACUCCCAACUGGAGAUAGAUAUCCCAGCACUUGGAUCUGAUGUGGUUUCUACCACAACUGAUGUUAUUUUGACCGUUUCCACCAUCAAGAAAGACCUGGAAGACAGCCCCAUCUCCACAGAGCAGUCCACUUCCCUGCCUUGUCCUUCAAGAGUCAAGGAAUUGGAAGCUGUCGAUGAAAGGUCAUCUUCUGCCAAAGAAACAACAGAGGAGAAGCUACUUCAAGAUGUAGAGAACACUAAAGAACAGGUAGAAGAUCCAGAUGGGAAAGAGUGCUUGGAGAAGGAUUCCUCCAAGGAAUCUGAGCAAGAGUCCAGCCCUUGUGAAGGCACAAGUGGGAAAGAACUUGAGAUGAAGGAGAACCUUCUGGAGCAGAUGAUGGACAGGAAUCCAAACAGUCCUUUGGGAUGUGCACUCACGGGACCACAACAGCCCUGUCAGGUUGGAGCAACUGAGAAGGACUUCCCCAAAGAUGCAUCCAGUGAUGGUGCUCCUUGUUUGGAGGAUCCUCAGCCUUGGAGAUCAGAAGAGUUCCCACCAAAGGACGAGUCUCAGGACAGGAGCAUUGUGGGGCCAGACCUGUUUGAUGACGACUUCACGUUUUCGCAGCUUUUCCCCAGACAUGACCAGUUUGCUCGCAGAAAGUGCCGACGGGUGUACGGAAAGAGGAUCAAGAAACCCAAACCCGUUGCAGAAGUGGCCACCAGGCCAGAAGGGACGGCGGACCUCUUUUCCACCCGGAUGGCUUCGGAUCUUGGAGAAACCAGUUCUUUCUGUGUCACCAGGGAGGAUCCGUGCGAGUAUGACACCAUCUACAUCGAUGACGCCUUGAUGCUCAACAUGUGUCAUGGGAGCAAACCAAUGCUGGGCGAUGUCAUGUCUGGAUCAACCAAAAGAAUGACUGGACUAAGAGAUGAAGUUGCAGAGCUGGAGAAUGGUGGGAUGCUAAGCCUUCUGUGUCAGAAGAGCCCAACAAGUGAUCUUCCAAGCUUGGCGAGCUGGACCAGUCUGGAGAAGAAGGGAGAUGACGUUCCUGCUGAUGAAGCGUCACUCAACCCAUCCAUGGAGCUCACGGAUGGGCACCUAACUGUUGGAGACAGUCCAGAACCUCCCGAUCUUGAGGAGGAACCCUAUGAAACCAGAAUCAAUGACAACCCAUGCUCCCCUGCAUUGCACACCAUCGAUAUGGAGACACCGAACACGAGGGAGGUGUGCUUCUACAGCGCUGGAGAAGAUCAUCUCAGUUGCACAGACAACGAAAGCACCUUAGGGUUCAAGCCGGCAUCCGUCUUGCAAGGCAGGCCCAGCAAAAAUAAGCUAGAAGAAGGCAAGCCGGGGAAAAAUCGCAGCGACUUGAACCUCAAGACGAAAGACAAGCAGUACAAGUGCAAGGUCUGCUUCCAGUGGUUCCUGACCUUAGGAGAGCUGGACUUCCACAAGCUCAGCCACAACCCUUCCCCGCCGCCGACCUGCUACAUGUGCGUCCAGAGGAAGUUCAGCUCCAGGGAGCAGCUGAGGGACCACUUGAAGGAGAAGCAUGCCAAGAACAAGGCCGGCCUCUGGGCCUGUGGCAUGUGCCUGAAGGAGAUCUCCGACGUCUGGAUGUACAACGAGCAUCUCCGAGAGCACGCCACCCAGUUUGCCCGGAAGGGCCAAGCUCAGAAGUCCGUCUUGGGGUUGCCCGACUGCUUUGGAGAAGAGGACCCUGCCGUCGCCCAGUUCUUGAACUCCAUCAUGUGCCGGAAGCCCAGCAAGGCCUCCAAGAACCCAGAAGUCCAGACUUGCAAGGAGAGGAAAGUCCCCAAGGAGCCCCUGGGCCAAGAAGCAGCAACGGUCAACAAGGAGUCAUUGGAGAUCCCGUGCAGAACGAAGCCACCGGUUGCCUCCCCCAAAGCGCCCCCGGCCCCUUCUCCCGACCCUGCCCCUAAAGUGGAGACGGCUCAGAAGCUGGCCCCCAUGCACCCCGAGUGCAAGGACCCUUCUCGGGACUGCCAUCACUGCGGGAAGCAGUUCCCCAAGCCCUUCAAGCUCCAGCGUCACCUGGUGGUGCACAGCUUGCAGAAGAUCUACCUGUGCCACAAGUGCCCCAUGUUCUACCAGGAGACCAAAGAGCUCCGGAGCCACCUCAGCCAGGAGCACGGGGCGGCCGAGGAGGCGGACAUCAAGCACACCACGCUCUACGCCUGCGAGCUCUGCGCCGACGUCAUGCACGUCAUCAAGAAGUCCUUCAUCUGCAGCACCUGCAACUACACCUUUUCCAAGAAGGAGCAGUACGACCGGCACAUGGAGAAGCACCUGGUUGGAAGCAGCAGGACCUUCCGGUUCCGAGGAGUGAUGCGCCCGGGGGCCUCGGCCAAGGAGGGGGACAAGGCGGCGAAGGAGGAGAAGGAGGCCCCCAAGGAAGAGGUCCCACUGGCCAAAAAGAAGAGGGUGGGCCACCAGAACAGCUCGCUUGCACCAGGCACCCAAGAUCUCCAACUAGAAGGUGAACCUCUGCUGCCUCUUGGACCUCUUAGUAGGCAUCACUCCUCAACGAUGUCCCAACCAUCUCUUAGUAGGCAUCACUCCUCAACAGCGUCCCAACCACCUCUUAGUAGGCAUCACUCCUCAACAACGUCUCAACCAUCUCUUAGUAGGCAUCACUCCUCAACAGUGUCUCAACCACCUCUUAGUAGGCACCACUCCUCAACAAUGUCCCAACCACCUCUUAGUAGGCAUCACUCCUCAACAGCAUCUCCACCGGAGACACCAAUGAACACAGAAGGCCUCUUGGACAAUUUUUCCAACCUCUUAACUGAAACGAAGACGUUCCUAUUUGACAGCCUGCCUUCUGAUGCUUCUCUUGUGCCUCAGGAUGAGCUAAGCCACCCAGAAGGGCUUGGACAUGUCUCCUCGCUUUCUGAAGGACAUCAGUCCAAGAGAGACACCGUCACGGAUUAUCUCUCUCCUUCCUUUGAGUCUUCCAAUGCGGUUCGUCUUGAUCUCACCAGCUCGUCCCAAAAGACGGCACAAAAGCAAUCCCAUCUCCCCGAAAAGCGCAGCAAGGAGACAGUAGAAAAAGCCGCGUUUAAUGCAGAAGAUGCCACGGGGACUUGGGAGAACUUGCGUGGAGAAGGCAAAACAGGGGCGACAGGAUGUUCUCCGGAUUUAGAGAGCAAGAAGGAGCCUAAAACGAGGUGUCACAUCAGUGAGGCACAACCUGAGGAAAGUGUCGUCAAGCCACAUUUACCUGAAGCGUUACCUCUGAAGGACAAGACGGCGUCACCUGUCCAGAACCAGAGUCCUUCAAAGAAGUUUCCUCUUGGUGAGAAUCCAUCUGGUCUGCAGUGUCUCCUGGAUGAGGAAGAUGAGGGUCAGAAACAAAUAUGUUCCAAAGACAAAGCUACAAGAGAUACGUCUGCUGUGCAGAAUUGUCCCGGCGUUGGCACCAAAGAGGCCGGGAACAAGCUGGGCAAGCUCGGCCACUCCGACUCGGGCAAGUGUCUGGCGAAACCUCACCCCAAGAAGCGGAAAGAGCACAAGGCCGCGCACAAGUCCGGCUCCCGGGAGAACAUCGAAGGCGACGGCGGGAAGAAGAAGAAAGUGCGGACGCAGGACAACACCGGCGGGGACGGAGACCUCAAACGGCCCGAGUGGCCGAGCGGCGAGGGCUUGGCCUUGACCUCCCGGCGGGGCGAUGCCCAUUGCAACAAACUCUCUCCCAAGGUGAAGGUGUCCGUGGUGGGCGGCGGGCAGCUCAAGAAGGCGGUGCUGGAGCCCUGCUUCCCGAAGAAGGCCAACGCGGACGUGAAGCGGAAGAAGGACAUACUGGUUGGCAAGGCCUUGCACCCGCUUUUGGGCAAAAGUGACCCCUCGGGCCACGGUUUCCACCACCACCGGCAGAGAGCUCUCCAAGGUGCUAAGCUGUCUGACUCUCACAAUUACCGGACGGCGGAAUCCCAGAACAAUCUCCUAAGCCAACUGUUUGGGCAGAAAUUAACUAGCUUUAAAAUCCCUUUGAGAAGAGAUCCUUCUGAGUAAUUUAUGAAAGUGACUUAACGGUGAUCCUUUCGCUGCUUUCAUGGGGUUUCGGCGAGAGAGCGUCCGCCAAUUUAUCAAAGCCUUAACAUUCGUUUUGUCUAGCUUUAAAAAAAAAAAAUACGGACUUGCACUGCCGCCUCUGAAAUAAUUUUUCCCUUUUUAAAUUUUUUUUUUUUUUGCUUUUGUGUCGUACUAAUCUACUUUAAUUCACCUGAUUUAUCAUGCAAAUGCGGGAACUUUGAUGUUGCGGAUGAUUUCCGUGAACUCAAAGCUGUAAUCGCUUUGGGCAGAGCGACGGCGUCAAGAGGGAAGGCUUUCAAGGGAGAAGUGCUGAGGUUAGAUGGAGACGCGCGCACGCAAAUCCCGGCUCGCCCGUCUUCUCCUUUUAUUUUAAUUUUAAUUUUUUUUUUUGCAAAACUGCGUCUCUGUUAUCUUUGUACAAAGUACUUGAAGAGAUCAGUUUCAUUCCAGAGACGUCUUAUUCAUAAGGUGCAGCACACUGUAGAAAGCAUUUAUCCUUCCCCUUUAAUUUCCCCUCUUUUUUUUUUUUUGAAGAUUUUGCACAAAUAAUCCCGAAAGACGUGGUACCAUUUGAGGCCAAAGAAUUAAAUUAAAAGAGCAAGUCACGUAUUUUGACCCCCGCCCUUGUACGGAAAGCGAUCGCCUUUUAUUAUUUAGACCACUGUUAGAGAGGGAUGUUGAUGUUUAUUUUAUAUACAGAGAGAGAUCUAUGGGCCCCUUUUCCUCUGACUCGGCUCAACUGCACCUUGAAGAUUAACAACGUUGCUUCUUCUUCUUCUUCUUCUUCUUCUUGUUUCGAUUGUUCGUGUCUUUGUAUUUCCCAUUGAGAAAACUGUGCCAACUCCACCACCCCUCCAGACAGUACUGUGUCCCCAAGAGAUGUAAUAUAUUGUUUUUCCAAACCGACAGCAAACCCAAAAAACCCUACGACUCUUACUGUGUUGUCGAAGGCAUUCAUGGCCGGAAUCACUGGGCGGCUGAGAGUUUUCCGGGCUGUCUGGAAGCAUUCCCUCCUGAUGUUUUGCCCACAUCUAUGGCAGGCAUCCACAGAGGUUUGUUGAGGUCUAGCGACACCACAGAGGGCCACUUCACCUCUCAACAGCCAGUCCAGUGACAUCACUGGGGCCACUUCACCUCUGUACAGCCAAUCUUUCGCCUAGCAACAGCCAACCCAAUGACACCACAGAGGGCCACUUCACCUCUCUACAGCCAAUCCUCCACCUACCAACAUCCAACUCAAUGACAUCACAGGGGGUCACUUCACCUCUCUACAGGGGCCACUUAACCUAGCAACAGCCAACUAGUGACUCAACAGAGGAUCACUACACCUAGCAACAGCCAACCCAGUGACAUUACAGAGGGCCACUUCACCUCUCAACAGCCAAUCCUUCACCUAGCAACGGCCAACCCAGUGACACCACAGAGGGCCACUUCACCUAGCAACAGCCAACCCAGUGAAAUCACAGAGGGCCACUUCACCUUUCAACAACCAAUCCUUCACGUAGCAACAGCCAACCCAAUGACAUCAGAGAGGGCCACUUCACCUCUCAACAGCCACUCCCUUCACCUAGCAACGGCCAACCCAGUGAUACCACAGAGGACCACUUCACCUGGCAAUAGCCAACCCAGUGACACCACAGAGGGCCACUUCACCUGGCAAUAGCCAACCCAGUGACGCCACAGAGGGCCACUUCACCUCUCUACAGCCAAUCCUUCACCUAGCAACGGCCAACCCAUUGACACCACAGAGGGCCACUUCACUUUUCAACAACCAAUCCUUCACGUAGCAACAGCCAACCCAAUGACAUCAGAGAAGGCCACUUCACCUCUCAACAGCCACUCCUUCACCUAGCAACGGCCAACCCAGUGAUACCACAGAGGACCACUUCACCUGGCAAUAGCCAACCCAGUGACACCACAGAGGACCACUUCACCUGGCAAUAGCCAACCCAGUGACACCACAGAGGGCCACUUCACCUCUCAACAGCCAAUCCUUCAUCUAGCUAUAGCCAACCCAGUGACACCACAGAGGGCCACUUCACCUGGCAAUAGCCAACCCAGUGACGCCACAGAGGGCCACUUCACCUCUCAACAGCCAAUCCACCUAGCAACAGCCAAAGCAGUAACGUCAUAGAGGGCCACUUCACCCCACAACCAAUAGCAGCCAAUCUAGUAACAUCAUAAAGGGCCUCCUCACCUCUCAACCCCCAAUCCUUCACCUAGCAACAGCCAACCCAGUGACAUCACAAGGGGCCACUUCACCUAGCAACAGCCUAGUUUCAAACCCCACUUGCCUCAUUUCCAACAGACCUCAACAAACCUCUGAGGGUGCCUGCCAUAGAUGUGGGAGAAACGUCAGGAGGGAAUGCUUCCGGAACACGGGCGGACAAGCCGGAGAACUCACAGCCGCCCAUCCUCUUACUGUAUUUGAAGUAGACUUGGUACGGGCUUUUUAACCCUCCCGCAGUUAACUGGUGCUAUUUUUAUUUUCGUAAAUGUGAAAUGGGAACACGCGUGCGCUCACAACACACAAAGGGGAGACCGAACGAGUGAAUAUUUUGCGCGGAGAGAAAAAAACAAAAACACAACCUAGCGGGGUUUUCUUCUCUCUUUUCGUUUUUUGAGGUCUUGGCCAGAGGUGACAUCUGGAAUCUCAGGUGCAAAAGCAAAACAAAACAAAACGCAAGGAAGAUUCGGAGGCAGGAUCGGCCGUGGUUUUCCAAAGCCCCGGGAAGAAUGGAAGGAAGGAAGGAAGGAAGGAAGGAAGGAAGGAAGGAAGGAAGGAAGGAAGGAAGGAAGGAAGGAGGAGGACAAUGCACUGAAGGGGAGGCAGGGGCAUGCGCUGAGUUUGUUUGUGUCGUGCGUGUGUCUGGAAAAACAAUGUGUGUUUUGUUUGUUCAGAUUUUUUUUAUGAUUAAAAAAAGGAAUUAAAUGGCUUUAUCAUUCUAAA